AUGUCCUAUGAAUUUUGUGAUGAAUAUUUUAAAAAUAUUGGAAACCUGCUUGAAAGCGGAACUAAUUCUGAUGUGAUCAUUCAGGCCGGCGAAGGGAAUACAUACAAAGAAUUCCCGGAUCCAGUUGGCCUUCUUCAAAUGGUUUUACAACAUAAAGCUUGUAAUUCGUUCAGAAAUGCUUUUAUUAAAACUACUUAUGAAGAUGUCGACAUUCUAAAGAAAGAUCCAUACGGCCUUCUUCAACUAAUUCUGCAACAUGAAGCUUGCGCUGCGCACAGAGAUCCAUUCAUUAAAGCUAUUCUUAUGGACGUUAAUGUCAUAAAAAAGGAUUUGGCCAGAAUUCUUCAAAUUACUUAUGCAAAUGAGGCUUGUACAACUCUUAGAGACUCAUGUGUUUUAAUUAGCUGCAUAGAGGCCAUAACAUUCUUUGAGUCUCCAUCUUUCCUGAAAUUAAACGCAAAUAAUAUUAAUGAGAUUUUACUGUGGGAUUUUAUUAAUCUAGAAGAGAUUCGGAUUUGGAAUUAUUUAUUAAAAUGGGGAGCGGCACAAUCUUCUUUGGAUCUGAAUAAUAGGAACGAAUGGACAACCGACGAUUUUCAGAAAUUAAGGGAUAUUCUCCAAAGAUUAGUACCCUUUAUCAGGUGGUUUCAAAUACCGGCAGCCGAUUUUCGUAAAGAAAUGAAGCUAUUUAAAUGUAUACUUCCAGAAGAGCUAUUUUUAGACGUAGUAGGCUACAGCUUAGAUCCAACUUCAUCACCUAACACAGUUAUAUUACCACCGAGAAUUUAUUCAUCGUUAAUCAAUAAAGAUCAAUUCCAAGUGAUAACGGAUCAAAUUAACAAACGUAGCGCAGGAGAAUAUAAAGGCUAUUUUAGACUAUUAUAUCGUGCCAGUCGUGAUGGUUUUGAAGCUGAUGAGUUUCACAAGUUAUGUGAUGAUAAAGGGGCAACCAUUUUCUUAGCAAAGUGUCAAGGGUUUGAUAAAAUAAUCGGGGGAUAUAACCCGUUUAGUUGGAAAGCUUACAGUUUGCGCACAUCACUUUAUGAACGCUCUUGGGAAGACACAAAAGAAAGUUUUUUGUUUACUCUCGAUGGCCUGUCGCUUGACCAUGUCGCUUAUCCUGAUCAGGAUAGUAAAUACGCCGUCUCUUAUAGUAAUAACAGUGGGCCCUGCUUUGGCAGAGUGUUAUCGUUCUUUUCUAGGGGUGAUAAAU